UCAAAUGACUGUCUGGGUGCUUGGUUUGUUCCUCUGGGAGCCUCGUGGCCAAACAGCUUGACUGUGGUCACUCGGCUCUGGGGCUGAAGAGUCAGAUACAGCCGGCUGGAAGGCUCCUACCUAUUCACAUCUCUGCUUUUUGCCACUGGUAUUUUUCCUUUGUCUGUUUACUGGAACUCUACUGACAGUUGGGAGAUAAACAGAUGUGGUCUGUGGAAACUGUCAGACUAAGGACUCGUCCUUACGUGAUGGCUUAGGAAGUACACAAAGAGGGUCUGUCAGAGCUGCGGGAAUCUGAAGAGCAUUUGCGUUUUUUGUUUUUUGAAAAUUGUUCAGCUGAGAAAUGAGUGGAUUUCUUUAUAGGGGAAGGCACUGCAGUGCAGAUAAAGGGGCCAAGCUGAAGAGCAUCGGACCUGUGAUGGAUUUUUCAUGUGAUGAAACAGACAAAGGCCCACCAGUACAGAUGCACAGCCUCAGAGAGUUUGAACAGCACCUGAAUGACCUGAAGAAGGAGAACUUCAGCCUGAAGCUCAGGAUCUACUUCCUGGAGGAGACGAUCCAACCGAAGUUUGAGGAGAGCAGUGAUAAUGUGCUCAAGAAGAACAUUGAGUUGAAGGUUGAAGUUGAGAGCCUGAAAAAAGAGCUUGAGGAGAAACAACAACUUUUGGACAAAGCACUAUCAACAGCAGAAAGCUUGUCCAAUCAGAAUGAAGCAGAGCUGCAGUGUCACCUGGCCGAGCGGCAAGAGGAAAUCAGCCACAUGCAGGAAAUCCUGGAAAGCAAAGUUCAGCUGUUGCAAGAGGAGGCUGAGCUUGCACGAGGUGAGGCUGAGCGGAUGGCCUCGUUAGCAGACUCUGAGGCCCAGCGCUGCCUGGCCCUGGAGAAAGAAAUGGAGGCAAGGUUGGAGGAACGUGGAGGCUCUGGUGGACUACUCACCCAGCAAGUCCUGACUGACAAAGACAGGGUGAUUGAGGAGUUGACACAGCAGAAACAUUCACUGGGUCUUCAGAUCGAAGAGCUUGAGAUGAAAGUUCACAACCUUGUCUCUUCUCUGAAGAAGAAAGAACAAGAAUCUGAGCAGCUAACUGAUGAGCAGCGUGGUCAGCUAAGCCAGUUUGAGAGUGCUGCAGGUCAGUGUGUUGGAGAGUUGCAGAAGGCCCAGGACCAGGUCUGUUCACUACAGACCAAGAUCAGAGAGAGUGAGACCAGGAACCAGAAACUGCAGGGGCAUCUUGGUGAAAUGGAACUUGAACUGCGGUCAGCCCAAGAGGAAGCCCACCAGCAGGAACGAAGCAUCCAGAACGUCACUGAUACUGUAAACUCCAAGGAGGCAGAGAUUGCAGAGCUGUACAGAGUGAUUGAGGAGCAGAAUAAGAUGCUGUGUUCCCUCAAAGAGCUUGCUAACCACAAUCAACUGCAGGGGUCCAGUGCAGAGACGAUUAGAGGUCAGGGAGAGGUUCUGGCUCUGCAAGCGUCUCUGUUCCAGGCUCAGCUCGAGCUGCAGGCUGGGCAGAGGGCACAGCGGCAGGCAGCCAGGACUGAAGAGGACCUAAGGCGGGCCAUGGAGAGGCUAGAGAAGGACCUGCAGGGAGCACUGCAGCACCGGAAGGAGACAGAGAGGCAUAACCGGGAGCUGCAACUGGCUCUGGAAAAGGCUCGAUCAACUCUGCAGGACCGAGAGGAGCAGCUGAGAGAGGGCAAGCAAGAGAGGCAGAGGGAGAAAGAGGACAGAGAGAAGACCAUCAGAGACCUAAAGAUGUCCCUGCAGACCAAAGAACAGCUGGACUGCUCUGAGCUGUUGGAGAAUCCAAAGGAGAAGAGAGACUCUCUGCUCGAGAAAUUUCGCCAGCGUAUAAAGGAAAGAGACCAAGCUCUGGAGCAAGCAGUGGAUGAGAAGUUCCGCUGCAUGGAGGAGAAAGAAGAGGACACUCGUCGACUGCAGUUGCUGCUGAGAGAGAAGGAGAGAGACGUGGAGAGGCAGCGCUGCGUCCUGGCCAACAACGAGGAGACCAUCACUAGCCUGGAAAUGCUGGUGCGAGGUAAGGCUCUAGAGCUGGAGCAGGUGGGUCAUGCCUUUGGGAAUAUCCAGCAGCAGCAGCAGGACAGCGAGGACAGGCAGACCCGCAUCCUGACAGAGAGAGACGCCAUCAUCAACCAGCUGCAGGUGGCGCUGCGUGCUCGCACACAGGAAGCACAGGAUCUGCGCUGCUCCCUGGUGGCGCAGGUCCAGUCUGCUCCAGGUGUUAUAGAGGAGCUGAAGGUCAGCCUCCAACUAAAAGACCGGCUUUUCCAGGAAGUGCUCGCUGAUCGAGCCCGUCAGGCCCAGGACCACCAGAAGCAGGUCCAGAAUCUGCUCAGAACCGUCAUCUCCAGGGAUCAAUACAUUCAGGACUCUGCCACUCGGCUUGGUGAGGUGAUAACUGAGCAAACAUCAAGGCUCCAGGAGCUUCGCAAACAGCUGAACCCAGGUCUGACUGCACAACACGACUCCGGACCAGACUUGGAUGUGCAGCUCCAUGCGGUGCAGGAGGAGCUUCAUCUGGCGCUGAGGAGGGAGAAGGAGAGCAGGGAGCUGAGCAGGAGUCAGGCUGUCAGGCUGGACUCCCUCAACAGGACUCUUCAUGUGAAGGAGGAGAUUAUCAGGGGAUUCCAGAUACAGCUGAUGGAUCCUUUAGGCCUCCCCCUAGUGGAGCGACUGACCCAGGAGGUCCAAGAACUGAGGGAGAGUCUGGUCCAGCAGGAUGGUCUCCUAGCCAGAGGCCCUGACCUGGGCCCUGACUGGCCAAACAGCAGGCAGCCUGAGUUUGGAGAACUUAGCUCUGAGAGUGAAGACCAGGCCAAUGAUGAUCUUAACAGCGAGUACACCGAGAGCAUCAAUGAAGAGGAGUCCAACACCAAGAGUUGUGAAGGUCCAGGGAAGGUGCUGUGCCAGGAUCUUUUGCACGAUGGUCAUGGGCUGAUGGAGGUCAAACAACUUGUGGAGCAGAAGAGAGUGGUGGAGAGAGAGCUUGGAGAGCUUAAGGCUCAGCUGGAGAAGGCUGGGUUCUCCUCACUGUCACAGAUAAGGAAGGCUUUGCUCCGCCUACAAACAGAAAACAGCAAUUUAAAGCAUCAGCUGACUGAAUGGCUACAACCUGACAGUACACAGAUGGAUGAGCAAAUGAUGCAGGAGGGCAAGGAGGAGGAUGAAGAUGAUGAGGAGGAGCUGGAUGUGACCAUAGAAGGUGAAGAAGAGGAAGAAAGCUCAGAGCUGUGGGAUGCCUGGGAUGGAGAGCUACCCCUGUCUCAGGCCCAGAUCCACAUCACUGAUGAACAACGGAAAAAGAGAGCCAAUAGACCUGAAUCCCUGGACCUGCUUAACAAUUCCGUUCAGGAUGUCAACCUGGCUAACAAGGAGUUGGCUGGUAGGCAGCAGACAACUGUGUCCUCUGUGAUGUGUGAAAAAACAGUUCAUCUUCAGCAGAAGAGCAAAGAGCUGCAGGAGAGACUAAUGGUGUCUGAGGCCACAGUGCAGGCUCAGGCAGAGCAGCUCAAAGACUACAGGGAGCUGCUUACAGAAACAGCUGUGCAGCAGGACAGUAAGCAGAUCCAGGUGGACUUACAAGACCUGGGCUAUGAGACCUGUGGCCGCAGCGAGAACGAGGUGGAAAGGGAAGACACCAGCAGCCCAGAGUUUGAUGACCUUGAGAUGUGUACGUCUCUUGAUUGUGGUUCUCAGUGGUGGCCUGCCAACAGCAGCAGGUCUACCUUCACCAAAACCACCACCCUAAGCUCUGGAAAUGAGGCCUUGUCUCUCCAGUGCCUUGUUGAGGACCUUCGUUCACAGUUGUCCCGCUCUCAGGGAGUCAUCCGAGGGCUCCAGACCCGCCUCCGCUCUCUUUCCUCUUCUAGUGACUACGGACCCUCCACACCCAGCAAGGUCAAUUGGUCCUUCCAGGCUUCUCCCUCACAGAGCGGGGCAGAGGAUGACGAGGGCUGGCAGUCAUCUGAUGGAGGUCCACAAACUUUGUCCCGUCACCCUAAUGCAGACAAGGGCCUUCAGCAGCUCGUGUCCCGGGUAGAUGCACUGGAAGACCAGCUUAGGAAAGGCGGCAAGAAGGCUGUCACAGAGGACGUAAAGUCUGCCACCUGGCCAGGUAAAUUUGACACACUGAUCCAAGCUCAAGCCAGAGAGCUGUCUCACCUUCGCCAGAGACUGCGAGAGGGUCGAUGCAUGUGCAACAUCCUCACCCAGCACCUGGGAGACACUACAAAGGCCUUCGAAGAGCUGCUGAGGGCCAAUGACAUCGACUACUACAUGGGCCAGAGCUUCAGGGACCAGCUGGCUAAGAACUGUGCUCUGGCACAGCGAACCAGCGAAAAAAUCAGUGCAAGAGAUCUUUCUGAAGAUCCAGAUGAGAAGACAGAGCUCCUUGCCAUCCGGCUCAGUAAGGAGCUGCAGCAGAAGGACAAGGUCAUUGAGUCUCUCUAUGCCAAACUCAACCAGCAUCAUCAUCGUUCUGACACGCCUUGCAGCAGCCACGCCCUCUCAGACACCACCGACCAAUCGGAUCGCAUCUCUUAUGUGUCUGAUGAGCACAGAUCCACAAACGAGGACCUGGAGUUGUUCUCCGAUGUGGAUGGGGCCAGUGAGCUUGGUCAGGAGGAAAUACAGACUUCUACCAGUGUCAGUAUAGAUGGUCACUCUUACUGUGGUACCAUGUCAAGCCAUGCAUCUGUUGCUCCAUCCAUCACCCCAUCCCACCGUGCCCAGCCCUGCCUCAGCUGUCCCAGCAUGCAAUGCUCAGGCUCACCACACAAACCUACAGCUGUGCAGACUCAGACAGCUUCUGUCUCAGUCAGCUCUACUCUCUGUCACCCUCCUCCCUACUCCUCCACCCAGAAGGCACCCUUGCCCUUCCAUCCUCACCCCUCAAAUCUGCGUACCCGUUACCAAGGCAGCAGGGGGGUGGGUUUCUCUCUGGCCGAGGUGCAUCAGGAGCUGCAGAUGUUACAGAGACAGUUGGGAGACAGUGACAGGUUUUCCACUCCCCAGUCCAAACCUCUGCAGGGUUUCCCAUUUGGCCACCAGCAGCCAGACUCCUCUGGUUUCCUGUCUCUCUCCUACCAAGGAUUCCAGCCUUCUCCUUUCAGCACUGUUGCAAGCAACAGCAGUCUGGAUGCCUGCUCCGCAAUGAAAGCUGGGGCCAACCUGCUGCACAGCAGUGCAUUAUUGGAUAUGACCUAUGGUACUCGACCAGUGAGAGUUGGAGCUGACUUGUCUUCAGGAUCAUCAGGGUACCAGUCAGGUACCAGUGUCACAGGUUCAGACCUUAUGAAAGAGCACCUAACAGAAAUCAGGAGUCUGAGGAGGAGACUGGAGGACUCUAUUCAUACCAAUGACCGCCUCCGGCAGCAGCUGGAGGAGAGACUGGCUUGCACUGCCACAGAGAAAGGUGCUCCUACGAACAUCUACAUUCAGGGCCUGGAUUCAGCCAGCCAGCUUUCCAGUGAGAUUAGACUUCUGAAAGAGAAAAAUGUCAAUCUGGAAAACAAGCUAAAGCAAGUCACAAGAGAAGGUAUUAAGGAGGCAGAGCAGCUGAGAGAAGCAGUAUUCCUCGAGCAGUCCAGACUGAAGGAGGCAGAGCUGGAGGCAGAGAGGUGGGCAGAGCAAAGCAGGAAGCUGCGAGCUGAGGCUGAAUCUCACAGCCAAGAGAUCACACAACUGAAACAGCACAGACUGAGGGACCAGGAAGCUAUCAAUAGGCUGCAGCAUGAUGUGAACAUCACCCGGCAGCAGCUAUGUGAGAGCCACAGUUUGGUUCACUCUCUUCAGUGUGAGCUGCACAUGUAUCACAGAGUGUGUGGAGUCACUCCCGACACACCCUCUGGUCAGGUCAGUGCUGGUGAGCAGCCAGAACACAGCACUGUCACAUUUGACCCCAAGACGCUCCACAUUCCGCUGGACCAGCAGCUAAGUGGACAGAAUGACACACAACCUCGAGCCAGGAGACAGCUCUUCAGUGGUAGCGUUCUCUCUCCACCUGUGAGAGACACUGGACUCGUCAGUCCUUGCUCUCUUCAAUAUUCUGUGCAGAAAAAUAAAGAGGACACAGUUGAUCAGGCAGCCUCAACCUUGCAAGGGCAAGUCCCAAAUUACUCCUUUGCCAACAAUAAUGGCCGCCAUGCAGUCAGCCACAUUGAUAACUUCAAGGCUCUGCAGCAGCAGAUCCUUGAGGGAAGUGCCCUCCUCCAUAGGAUGGAAGCCAUCCUUUAUUCACUGAGUACCUCACAGGAGUUCUUCCUUCAGCAGCCUUCAGACACAGGAUCUGUCCAAAAGCUACUGUCGGACACUAAAACUCUGCGGCAGAUUCUGGACAAGGCUGAUUCUCUGCUCCAGAAGUUCUGGAGAGCAGCUCUGCCAGACUCUGAGGAAACCAAACAGGACCGGGAGGAGAUUCUUUCUCUCCGUCUGAAGCUUUCAGAGCGAGAUCAGGCUCUUAAGGAUGCGAUGGAAAAAGUGAAGAGCUCCAACAAUACCAAAGAUAGCAUGGAACACUUUAUAGUUAGCCAAUUGUCAAGAACACAGGAUGUCUUGAGGAGAGCCAAGAUCAACUUACAGGAGAACGAACACAGGAUUUCCUCUUUUCACCAAGCCUCCUUCUCCAUUCCUCCUUCCUCUCCCUUGCCUUUCUCCUCCUUCUGUUCCUCAUCCUCUUCCUCACACCCCUGGCCUGCUAAAGGUAAAAACACAGGAGGCUUCUGUGAGCCCACCUUCUCUCCUGGCUGGGGUGUUGUGACACCUGGAACGUCACCCUCCAUCUCUUCUUCCACUUUGGUCCAGGACCGGCCUCACCAGCUGCACCCCCUGCAGGCAGUUUUCCUGUAAUGCAGCAGCCCCUAGUCACUGUCAUGUUUUCCUGUUCAAACAGAAAAUGCUGGAAAUUUUGUCUUUCGUAUUACCUGUAGAAACAUUUCAUGUGAGUGUUUGAGAAUGUGUGUGUUGUUAGAUUUUUGGCUGGGACAUGAUAGUUUAUGGAUAUGAAUGAUGUGAUUGUUUUGUUAUUGGUAUAAUGUGUGUAGGGGUUAUGAGGACUUUUCUGGAGACCAGCAACUGAAGUGCUUUUCCUCAGUUAUAUGAGACCAGUCUGAUUUUAGCUUAAGUUUUCUUAUGAUUUAUUGCUUCUGAUUAGGUUUUUGUUUUUAUUUCAUUUUGUUUUUUCCAUUUUCCCUAAAUAAAAUGGGAGUUCAAUAAAUAUGAACAGCGGUUGGGCUUGCAGGGGCAAUUUGGUCAAGGGCUACAGAGUUAAAUAACAGCAACUUUUUUUUUUUUUUAUGUAGAUUGGUCUUGUGUAGUUUAGGCAGCCUUUUUUUGAAGUGGGGAAUUUUCUUUAAACAAAAUUUCCAAAGCUCAAUUACAUUUUCUCUCAACUUACAAAUCAGAAAAUGAAAAUCAGGAGCCAAUUUUAAUUAAGCCAAAAUCAGCUUCAAAUUUCAGCAGCGAUUCAAGAAUCAAAAAUCCACUUGAAACCAGCAAAAAAAAAAGAACUUAAAAAAGAAAGCCAAAACCAAACUGCCAAGUGUGUCCUCUUGGCCUCUGUGGAGUCUUGUGUUUGGAAAGUUAGUGUUAGAAUACAUGCAUGUGGUUUGGAAAGCUAGUGGAAACAAAGCCAUGGAUCUAUUUUGUUUUGCUCUAUUUGUAGAAGAAAUGUCAUAAAAAUGGCCAACUACUGAUAAUAUAAGAAAAAAAAAAAAACACAUCAUAGAACUAGCAAUAAUCAGUGUAGUCAUGUAGCUCGUAUGUGAUGUUCUCAUGCAUUUACUCCCAAAACUCUGGUUGAGGGUUUUUUUUCUCUUUCUGUCCUCAAACUCCAGGGUACUACUGUUAAUCAUAGAGAUACUUCUCUUUAAAUAUUAAACAGGUUUGACCAAUCUGCUUCCUGCUAAAAUAGUAACUUGGAGUGUUCAAAAGCCAAUAUGUGUAGCAUCUUAGUAAACCAGGCUAAAAUGUAAUUACAUUAAAACAAGCACAUGUUAUAGAUGCCUCCAGCAUCUUAGUGUGUGUGUGUGUGUGUGUGUGUGUGUGUGUGUGUGUACACAUGAAUGAUUGUGAUUGUUUUAUUAUUGGUAUCGUGUGUAGGGGUUAUGAGGACUUUUCUGGAGACCAGCAACUGAAGUGCUUUUCCUCAUUUUUAUGAGACAACUCUGAUUUUGGCUGAAGUUUGCUUUGGAGUUAUUGCUUCUGAUUAGAUUUUUAUUUUUGUUUUUAUUUUUAUUUUUUCCAAUUUUCCCAAAUAAAAUGGGAGUUCAAUAAAUAUGAACAGUGGUUGGGCUUGCAGGAGCAAUUUGGUCAAGGGUUACAGAGUUAAAUAACUGCAUUUUUUUUUUUUAAUGUAGACUGGUCUUAUGUAGUUUAGGUAGAAUUUUUUUAAAAGUGGUGAAUACAGUGUUGAAUGAAUACAGCAGUGUAUACACACACACAUUAGUAAAUGGUCCAAAAGAGAUGACAGUUAAUUUGUGGUACCAGAAAAAUGGAUUACACCAAUAUUAUUGUUUUUUCUUGUUGUUGUUGUUUUAAAUUAGCUUCAACUUUUUCUUUCUUUUUUUUUUUUAGUGAAAUGUUGUAAUUUUCCUCACAAUGACAAUCACUCUGGAGAACUUGUGAUGCUCACUGGUCAAAUUGAAAUUUCAGAAAUUGGGUAUUUUGCACUGACUCCAUUAAGUUUUCACUUUUCCCCCCAUGAUUUCUCUGUUUAGUAUGUUAACAGUUUAGUUUUGUGCAUGAAAUAUCCUCUAAUAAUUUCAUUGAUGUGUACUUUUGUAGAUUACGGUGCAAUACUAGCCUUGGUGGUUGCUUUUCUACACAAACGUGAGACCUGGGUGUUAGUGUGCCAUAUCAUUUUUUCUUUGAGGUUAAAUUGAUUUAAACAAACUCACUUUUGGAUGAAAAGGUUCAGCUUUUGACAAUCAGUAUGAAGCUGGUUUACUGGCCCAAACCUAUUUGCCUUAAUCUGAAUCAGAGUUUUAUAUAUAACAUGGGGAAAAGGCAAAGUGGCAAACCAGCACUGUACUAGUAUAUUUACAAAGUAGUAAGUUGAACCAAAGUGGACAACUUGUGUCCAGUUAAGGUGUAAAAUUGUCAAUUUGAAAUAUUUAUUGCGUAAUUUUCCCAAGGUCAACUUCCAAAUGUGGAUGUUUUCAAAAUGUCUGGGUGGUUUCAGGAACCACAUCUCAUGUGGAUGCAUAUUAAAGAGGCUGUGCUGCAAGUUUUGUAUUGCUGUGAGUGGAAACAGAGUUGCAUUUUUAUGUGUGUUCUCUUUCUUAAAAUGUUUGGGUUUAAAAGAGGAAAAGGCAUUUUUAGUAAAAGAGACGGUAUGAUA